AUGUUUUCGCAACACGAAGACAGCGCGGGAGAGGAAUGCAAUGGCGAUGUUUCGAGCGACGAGCUGAUUGGUGGGCGAUACCGUCGCGUUCGUCGCGUCGGCGCGGGGUCGCAGGCGGUCGUGUGGGAAUGCGAAGAUGUUGUAACGUCGCAGCGGGUGGCAUGCAAGAGCUAUUUGAUGGCGCAGGCCCCGUUGCGCGACAUCGCGGCGGAGGUGCGAUCGCUGGAGAUUGUGGGCGACCAUCCGAACAUCGUGCGACUGCACGACGUGAUCGUUGGGCGACAGGGAAGCAGCCGAGCAGGCAGAGUAGCAUGCGAAGGGACAGGCGGAGCAGCAGGCCGAGUCGCGGAAAUAGGAGCAGGUGUAAGGGCAUGUAAAGCAGCAGAGGUGGAUAACUCGUGUAAACCUGAUAAAUCAUCCGCGCCUCGAAUUUCCGCCGUCGCAUCUCAGCCGUUGGAUCCAUCCAUUGACGCGAGCGUGCACGUGCUGAUGGAGCUGGUCCCUGGCGACGAUCUCCUCACGGAGAUUCUGCAGCGCGGCCCGCUUGCCGAGCCGCUCGCGUCGGCUUUGUUCCGACAGCUCGCAUCGGCCGUCGCGUACUGCCACGCGUCGGGGGUCAUGCACCGGGAUAUCAAGCCGGACAACGUGCUUCUGCUGCGGCCUCCUGAUUCCGCCAGCGGCGGGCCUCGCAUUGCGACGGGCCCUGCGACGGAACGUGCGACAGGAUGUGCGACGAGCGUCGCGGCGGCGAUGGGCGCGGCGACAGCGACGGAGCAGCAGAUGGCAGGAGCAACGGAGAGAACUGCGAGGCAAACGGGCGGAGCACGUGGAGCAGCACGUGGGGCAGCUGACCCGCCAAGCCAGGGUUUAGGGUUCCAACCACAUUACCUUCCGUCUUCCAAGGCUGUAUUGAAUGCCGGAGCCUCUGGAGCCAUAAUCGGAGCGAGCAGCGCCGCAUUGCCGCCAGCGGGCGGGGGGAGGAGGGCCGCGCGGGAGCCUCGUGCGGAGGAGGGAUUGUGGGGGUGGCUCAUCGGCGCGCGGCUGUUCCCCUCCGCCGCGGGCAGAGGCACGAGUUCCGACGGGCUCGGCGCGCAGGGGAGGGGCGGCAACAGUCCGCUGCGGGUCGUUCCGGGGAAGGUUGUGGGGAGGCGCUUCGCGGGGAAGAGCACGCGCGUUCAUCCCAUGGCGGGGGGGGAGGCGGAGGGGACUAUUGGCGCUGCGCUGACCGCGCAAUCCUCGCACUCCUCAAGCUCUUCUGCUUUCCCCUGGCUUUCUUCAGCCAGUUCUAUCCCCUUUGUGCCUACGCCCUCCCCAACCUCUGUCCUCCGCUCGCCCUCGAUUGUGUCACAUUCUCUAUCACCCGCAUCCUCCACACCCUGCUGUCUUACAAUCACGACAGGGGGAGAGUUUGGGGAAAGGCGGUGCCCCCUCCUGCCCGCUUCCGCGGAAAGCAGCUCGUUUUCCGCCGUGGGAGCGGGGUGGGCGCACGUGGGUGCGGAGAGGGGCAUCUGGGGGGUGAAGCUGGCGGACUUUGCGCUGUCCACCGUGGUGGCGGGGGGCAUGCGCGGGGCAAUGGCGGACAGGGGCGCGGGGACGCGGCAGUACAUGGCGCCGGAGAUACUGCUGCUGGAGGUGCGGCGGAAAAUGGCCAGGGAGCGGCGGAAGGGAGGAGGGGGAGAGGCGGGGGGCAAGGGGGAUGCGAUUCAGGGCGAGGGUGGUGGUGGGGGUGCAGGGGGAACAGGGGGUGCAGGGGGAACAGGGGGUGCAGGGGGAACAGGGGAUGCAGGGUGCAGCUAUGGCAUGAAGGCUGAUGUGUGGAGUAUGGGCAUCACUCUCUGCUCCAUGCUCACUGGCCGCCUGCCAAUUGGUCGGGCAGUUGACUUUGAGGUCUGGGUAGAUGAUCUGCAGAUUUUCCUACAGUGCGAUAGGGCAGACGGUCUCUCCCUGUUUGACCUCAUUUCUGGUGCCUCUCCUGCCCCUGCUGCUGAUGCUGACGCCACUGUUCGCUCACAGUGGGCCACACGUGAUGCUGCUGCUCGCCUUGCUGUGCGCCGCCACUUACCGACCACUGAGCGUGCACACUUUAGCCAGUACAAGAGUGCUCAGACCUUGUACGACGCUGUAGUUGCACGCUACUCUUCCCCUGCCACUGCUGCACUGAGCCGCCUCAUGCUACCGUACCUCUUCCCUGACCUUGCUGCCUUUCCCACAGUCGCUGACCUCAUUACGCACCUUCGCACUAGUGACACUCGCUACCGCGCUGCGCUUCCUGCUGAGUUCUGCGCCAAGAACCCCCCCCCCAUGUACAUCACCCUCUACUACAUAGUCACCCGGCUCCCUGACUCUCUCCGCGUAGUCAGGGACCACUUCCUCUCAGUUUGCCCCACCACUCUCACCGUUGACCUCCUCGAGAAGGCCCUCCUAGCAGCAGAGAAGAGUAUAGUCGCUGUAAGAGCCUCUCGUGGUGACCCUCGCACCCCCGUCUUUGAGGGGUGUUCCCCCUCCCCCCUCUUGCCCUCUGUUGCCUCUGCUGCUGCGGCCGACCUCGUUGGUUUCGAGUCGGUCGGCGCUGCGUCUGCCCCGAGCGGGAGACGCCGCACCGGCAAGGGCAAGGGGGGCAAGGACGCUAGAGGGGCUGGCGGGGGCGGUGGAGGUGGUGGUGGAGGCAGUGGAGGGAGUGGGGGUGGUGGUGGGAGUGGUGCCGGGGCUGGUGAGCAGUGCGGGGGCCCGCACUCCACCGAGCGCUGCUUCGGUCGCCUGACGGACGCGUGGCGUCGCCAGUUCCCUGAGGCGUCAGAGAUCCCUCGCUGGGGAGAUCUGUCUAGGGCGGGGGUUGCCGUCUUUGAUCUUGACUAUGAUGCUAUCCUUGCUGCCAUGUAUUCUAUGACUACUAGUGUUGAGGGUGACUGUUACCUGUGUGUACCGCCUGACCCGGGCAUUGAGGCCACUGCUCUAGGUGCUGGUGCCAGUGCGUCUGCUGCCCCAGGUGCUGGUGAGUCUGCUCUCUCAGGUACUACGUCGGCUCAGGCCUUCCACACCUUCACCCUUGACUCGGGUGCGUCCCGCUUCUUCUUUCGAGACCGCACCACUCUUACGCCGCUCAGUCGGCCGGUUGCAGUCUCCCUGGCAGACCCCUCUGGGGGUCCUGUCCUUGCUAGCUUCUCCAUUGUCUUACCGUGCCCGGCAGCCCUCUCUGGCACCCUGUAA